UGUCUCCCUCUCUUUCCACCAGUGACAGCUGAGUGGCUGGGAGCUAAUUGCUGUUGCGUGAGGUCAGAGAGACAUUUAUCUGACUGAGCUAGCCUUCCCUGCUAGCCCACAACAGACAGACAGACGGACAGGGAGGAUGUUGCACAGCUCACACUACAGAGAGGAGAGACUGGCUGCUAAAGCACUGACUAACUGAGAAGUCCCAGGGACAUGCACACACAUACAUACACUCUUUCUAUCUCUCUCUCUCUCUCUCUCUCUCACACACACACACAUACAUCCACAUACCCACAGACUCCUCUGACACUCACACCUACACACACACAGCUUGUGUGUAAGUAAUCAGGAGCAGUGGGAUCACAGUAACUCUAAAGCUUCUAAGGAAGAGGAACGCCACUAACUGUUUCAUCUCUGGACGCUCAAUACUAAUCUCUGGCCUCCACAGAACCCCUGAAACAUCCGGAAACAGACGGAAGCAGACAAGACCAUGUCUGCUGUUGGAUGACGGUCUCCUCUGCCGGGAUCACACAGCCGACACACAGUGAGGAUUACACUGAGACAGACAUCAACAUAAAGGCUGGCCUCAUUCAUACAGAGAGACAGUGAGACAGACGGACAUCAACCUAGAGCCUUGUGUCCUUACAACAGAGAGACAGACAACAACUCCAAACAGAGAGAGACAUCACACAAGUGCCUAGUCACUCUCCAACCCUCCUACACUUCACCCACUCCACCUCCCACCAGCUGGCCUCAGCACCCCAGCCAGGGGUUACAGGUCACAGGUCCGGGCACAGGUCAUCCAGGCUCCUAGUGAACUGCGCUUGGAGGGCACUCUGUUCUGUUCUGUCUGCCGGAGCAGACAGCAGUAUUUCAGCAUGUUGUCCGUGGCGCCCCACAGCAGUGCAUUAUAAUGCCCAGAUGGAUGCCACUGCCAUGCAACCUGCCUAACUUGCUGUCGGGACUGUACCUUCACAUCAUCUUCCUGCUGGGCAGCGUGUGUGUGGCCUGCAGCAACUGCACACCCGAGCAGCUAGCCGCCAUCAUGAACUGCUCCAAGCACGAGCGCCAUGCACGGAACUACGACUACAUGGAAGGGGGAGAUGUACGCAUACGACAGCUGUUCAGCCGGACACAGUGGUUCCUUACCGUUGACGACUACGGCAACAUCAACGGGACACAAGACCCCACCAACUGUUACAGUAUCCUGGAGGUCCGUACAGUGUCCGAGGGAGGAGUGUUAGCUAUCAAAGGAGUGAAGAGUCAGUACUAUAUCUCCAUGAACAGGACUGGCCUACUGCAAGGCAAGAAAAUCUACAAUGAGAACUGCAACUUCAAGGAGAUUUUCCUAGAAAACUACUUCAACGCUUACUCGUCUGUUAAGUCGAGUAGAGACGGCAAGGAGAUGUUCAUUGCUCUGUCUCAAAAGGGCAGACCACUGAGAGGGAAGAAGACCAGGAGGGAACACAUCGCCUCCCACUUCAUUCCCAUGAAAUGCAGAGAGGAGGAGAGGACUGGCGUCUGAGAGAAGGAGACUGAAAAAGGAAGAGGUGACUGGAGCCUGAGAGGAAGAGAGGACUGAAAGAGGAGCGGAGGAGAGGACUGAAAGAGGAAAGGACUGAAAGAGGAGAGGAGAUGACUUAAAAAGUAGGAGAAGACUGAAAGAGGAAAGGACUGAAAAAGGAGGAGAGGACGGAAAGA